AGAGCGGCAGUAGAGAGACAGAGAGCUGCUGCCAGCAUCAUCGUCUCAUAACCGUCGCAGAAAGGACAGAAAGGUGUGAUAAACAUCGGCUCUCUAGCUCUAGACGGCCUGGAAGCAAAACACGGACACGGCAGUGUUUUGGUAAUGCUGUCACACUCGGAAAAUCUCCGAGUCGGUGGAGAUAUGGAGACACCGGGGAGGAUAGCAGCAGCACCGGACAGCCUGGACUUCACCGUGGAAAACGUAGAGAAGGCUCUCCACCAGUUGUACUAUGAUCCCAAUAUAGAAAACAAGAAUCUGGCCCAGAAAUGGCUUAUGCAGGCGCAGGUCUCGCCUCAGGCCUGGCAGUUCUGCUGGGUCCUACUCAGCCCAGAUAAGGUGCCAGAGAUCCAGUACUUUGGUGCUAGCGCGCUUCAUACCAAAAUCUCUCGCUACUGGUCCGACAUCCCCACAGACCAGUACGAGUCUCUGAAGACACAGCUGUUCUCCCAGAUUGCCUGCUUCUCCUCCGGCUCCAAGAUGGUGCUCACCCGGCUAUGUGUGGCCCUGGCCUCUCUGGCGCUCAACACAAUGCCUGAGGCCUGGCCUGGCGCGGUGGCGGAGAUGGUGCGGGUGUUCCAGGAGGAGGGGGGAGGGGUGGAUGGGCGGGCACGCUGCCUGGCGUUGCUGGAGCUGCUCACCGUCCUGCCCGAGGAGUUCCAGACCAGCCGCCUGCCGCAGUACAGAAAGGGACAGGUUCGGGGCGCCCUGGGCCGGGAGUGGGGGUCAGUGUGUCCCUUACUGCAGCAACUGCUGCAAAGGACGGACAGCCCCGGGGCGGUGAAAGCUCGCGUGCUGCGCUGCCUGUCAUCCUGGGUGCUGCUGGAUGUGCCCCUCAGCGAGAGCGAAGGCCUGGUGCACGACUGCUUCAGUGCCCUGCCUGACCCAGAGCUGUUCGACACGGCGGUGGAGGCAAUAGUCAACGCCAUCUCACAGCCCGACUCCCAAAGAUAUGUGAACACUUUGCUGAAGCUGGUUCCUCAAGUGCUGGCCCUCCAGGAGCAGCUCAGAGAGGCUGUUCAGAAUGGAGACAUGGAGACCUGCCACGGUAUCUGCCGUAUCGCCGUUACACUGGGAGAAAACCACUCAAGGACUCUGUUGGAGCAGGUGGAUCACUGGCAGAGCUUCCUGGCUUUAGUCAACAUGAUCAUGUUUUGUACGGGCAUCCCCGGCCACUACCCGGUCAAUGAGACCACCAGCUCGCUCACACUCACCUUCUGGUAUACACUACAAGAUGAAAUAAUGUCAUUUGAGUCGGAUAAGCAGGCGGUGUAUCUGCAGGUCUACAGGCCGGUAUAUUUCCAGCUGGUGGAUGUUCUGCUCCACAAAGCCCAGUUCCCCUCUGACCAGGAGUACGAAUCCUGGUCCUCAGACGAGAAAGAGCAAUUCAGGAUCUACAGGGUGGAUAUCUCCGACACACUUAUGUACGUGUACGAGAUGCUGGGAGCAGAGCUGCUGAGUAACCUGUAUGAUAAACUGGGGAGACUGUUGACUAAUGCUGAGCAGCCCACAUCAUGGCAGCACACAGAAGCCUUACUGUAUGGCUUCCAGUCCAUAGCAGAGACGAUAGAUGUGAAUUACUCUGACGUCAUCCCAGGCCUGAUAGGACUCAUCCCCCGAAUCAGCAUCAACAACGUCCAGCUAGCAGACACGGUGAUGUUCACUAUAGGUGCUUUGGCUGAAUGGUUGGCAGACCACCCAGUGAUGCUCAGCAGUGUCUUGCCCUUGGUGCUACAGGCUUUGGGGAACCCAGACCUUUCUGUUUCUUCUGUCUCUACACUCAAGAAAAUUUGUAGGGAGUGCAAAUAUGACCUGCCGCCCUAUGCAACCAACAUAGUAGCUGUCUCUCAGGAGGUGCUUAUAAAGCAGAUCCACAAGACAAGUCAGUGUAUGUGGCUGAUGCAGGCUCUCGGCUUCCUGCUCUCCGCUCUCCCUGUGGAGGACAUCUUAAGGAACCUUCACUCUCUCAUCACCCCCUACAUUCAGCAACUGGAGAAGCUAGCGGAUGAGACGCCUAAUCCCUCCAAUAAAUUAGCAAUCAUCCACAUUUUGGGGCUGCUGUCCAACCUCUUCACUACGCUCGACAUCAGCAAGCAGGACGAUGAGUCAGCAGAAGGCUCAGCACCACCUGUCAAAACAGCCCCACCUCCACCUGGACCAAACCCAGUGGUGGUGGUUUUGCAACAAGUGUUUGCUCUCAUACAGACCGUACUCAGUAAGUGGCUCAAUGACUCGCAGGUUGUAGAGGCGGUGUGCGCCAUCUUUGAGAAGUCGGUGAAGACUCUGCUCCACGACUUUGCUCCCAUGGUGUCUCAGCUAAGUGAGAUGCUUGGACAGAUGUACAGUACAAUUCCCCAGGCCCCAGCUCUUGACCUCACACGACAGAUGGUGCAUAUCUUUGCCAGCGAGACGGACCACUUCCCACCCAUCAAGGCUCUGUUUGAGCUGGUUACCUCGGUAACGCUGUCCAUCUUCCAGCAAGGACCCAGGGAUCAUCCUGAUAUUGUUGAUUCAUUUAUGCAACUCCAAGCUCAGGCCCUCAAACGGAAGCCCGAUUUGUUCUUGUCUGAGAGUCUUGACGUGAAAGCAGUGUUCCACUGUGGAGUUCUGUCACUCAAAUUUCCCGAGGCUCCGACAGUCAAGUCAACGUGCUUGUUCUUUACUGAACUGUUACCCCACUGCUCAGAUGUGCCUCCACUGGCCAGAGUGGUGCAGGAGGACGGCAAACUGUUGAUCCAGGCCGUGCUGGAGGGCAUCGGCGGCGGGGCGUCUCGGAACCUGAUGGACCAGUUUGCAGAAGUGCUUUUCUCUCUGAACAAGAACUGCUUUUCUCUGCUGGCCGUGUGGUUGAAGGAGGCGCUGCAGCCACCUGGGUUCCCGUCAUCGCGGGUCACAACUGAACAGAAAGACAACUUCUCACAUCAGAUACUCAGAGAACGAGUGAACAAGAGGAGGGUGAAGGAAAUAGUGAAGGAGUUCACGCUGCUGUGCAGAGGGCUCCACGGUACGGAGUACGCCGCUGAAUACUGAAACUCUACCCUUGAACUCUCACCUAACCGUGACCUCUGCCCUCAGCGCCAAACAGCUGGAUGCCACAACAACACAGUUCUCACACACCCCCUCCCCUCCAUCAGCGAAGACAUCAUGAAAUGAUUGUAAUGAUAAACCCGCCCCCCGUCGCAGGACAAGACAUGGAACCAGUCCAGCACAGACCUGCCAUCGGAUUAAUGGACAGACAUUAAAUCCCCGGUGGCUUUAGGGAGGCUGCCCUUUUUUCUGUUUUAAGAUGAUUGUUUCUCUCUCUCCCUCUCUCUUUCUCUCCUCUCUCCUCUUUAUUUCUCUGAGCAGCGCUCCCAGCAUGCUGCCUCUCGCCUCCUUCUAUCUCUGUCUUGUUCUGCCUUUCUAGAUCUUCCUGUGGUUCCUAGGUUGUUUCCUGGUGAUUAGCAUCCAUAAGAAAAUGGUAGUGGUAUCGUACGUAGCUACUUGACAUUAUUUUUCAAAAUAAAUCAAAUAAAUUAUAUAAAUGUAUAUGUAUACACAUAUAGAAAGAUGGUGGUCGGUCAGUCCUGCUGCUGCUAAUGGGAGGAGAGAAGGACCAAUGUCAGGAGGGGAUUCUGCAGGAAAAAUGACGUUACUACAAUAAUAUUUGAUUCCCAAUCGUACCCUGUGAUCUCUGCAUUUGCCAAAUUAUUGUGACUUUGUCUUUUUUUUGUUAUAUAUGCCUUUUUUAGGGGGUAUGAGUGGAGGAAAAACCACAUAACUGGACUAAAACACAGUGUACUCUUUUGCCAAGCCCUCUGUGUGCAGGGCUGUACCUCAUGUACAUACAGUCCCCAACCCAGUCAUACUGCAGUCUCCUCGGAUUGUAGAGAGUGGUGGUUUUUAAGCAUUGGUCCCUUAGGUAAAGCAGGACUGAAGGCUAGAGUGAAGGGGGGAAAAGGAAUUAUUAUAGUAGCUGGCAGCGAGAAAAAGAGGCACAAGAUGGAAACCGAGAAGGGAACCCGAGUGUUUUGGAGGGAUGAAUAAUCCUCACGAAGGACGGCUUAGUCACUGUAAUCGUGCAAAAAUAUUAAUCAAGUUGUGCAUAUUAACGGUUAUUGCUGAACACUUCUGUGUAUUUGAGUGUAUGCUUGAGUGUGUUCAUACCUGUAUGUAUGAGAGGUUGUGUGUGUGUGUGUGUGUGUGUGUGUGCACAGAUGUAUCUUUUUUCCACUUGUUCAGUGCACUUAUAUUGGACCUACAGUACAGUACGCAUCCAUAACUUCCUCCCAUCUUUCAAACAAAGAGCUCAUUUCAUUUCUUCUCAUUCUGACUACUCUUUUCUUAAAGACUGACCAGGCACGUUCACCGGCAAUCAUCUAUUAAACCUCCGUAUCAUCUGGAUUGACCAGCCAGUGAUACUCAUUGACCAGACUCACCUAUCUAUCUAUCUGUUAUCGACACCACCCACUGCUCUUAAAUCCUUUUCAUCCAUCUGGGUCACUGCCUUGGAGAGGAACAAGAAGGAUUAGAGAGAGUUCUGUAACUCUUGAGAAAGUUAUUCAGCAUUUUUACAACGAGAAACUAACACUGACAUCCUGUGAUCAUCCAUUCUGCCAGAGACGUUGUUGGUGAAGUGACGUGACGGCUGUAAAAUACACUGUCUGGUGAAUCAAGCAGGACCAGUUGACCUAUAAUAACACUCAGCGUUGAAAUGUACUUUGUGGUCUCUGAUAAACUUUAUCUCAGUCUAAUCCUUCUGUCUUAUCCGAGGUGCCUGCAGACAUGUAGCAUGUAUGUGUUUUGUGGGGGGGGGGUUUCGGGGGGUUUCAAGGGGUUCAGGGGACAAAUAUUCAGCGUGUGAGACGCUGCAGAAAGACCUGAUUUUAGACUGAGACCUGAGAGAGAAUGAUUGGACGAUCCCCGGUCUGGUCUCAGUCUGAGGUGGGGGAAAUAAAACGCUGUUGAAGGAAAGAGUAGGAGGGGAGGGGAGGGGGGGAUGAAAUGUACAUUGUUUUUUUUGUACCUUGGCUUUAAUUUAUUAAAUAUAUCUAAGACUGCA